CUAUAUAUAUGGCUAUUAUCUUCCCUCUUCUUUGUCUUCUCAAGCAUACCAUCUUCCAUUCUCCUAACUCCUCUCAAACUUGCUCUAAAUAAAUCUUUCACCCUUCCAAAUUGUCAAACCUCAUCUUAAUCUAUUCAUCAAUGGCUAUUGGUGGGGUGACCAAGAAGAAAAAGAUGAACAAACAACAAGAUGAUGUUUACACAAUGGAUGGAACAGUGGAUUACCGUGGCCAUCCAGCCAGCCGCCAAGAUACUGGAAAAUGGUUCGCAGGCAAUAUCAUUCUUGUGAAUCAAGGAUUGGCUACCUUAGCAUUUUUUGGAGUUGGGGUGAACUUGGUACUGUUCUUGACGAGGGUGUUGGGGGAGAACAAUGCUGAUGCUGCAAACACUGUAAGCAAAUGGACCGGAACCGUCUACAUCUUCUCCCUUGUUGGUGCUUUCCUAAGUGAUGCAUACUGGGGAAGAUUCAAAACAUGCGCAAUCUUUCAACUAACAUUUGUCAUUGGUUUGGCGUCACUAUCUCUAUCAACAUAUCUCUUCUUGCUGAAACCGAAAGGCUGUGGAGAUAGAACAACUUCGUGCGGAAAACACUCGAGCACAGAGAUAGGGCUGUUUUACCUCUCUAUCUACCUAGUUGCCUUAGGAUAUGGAGGGUAUCAGCCUAACAUAGCAACAUUUGGUGCUGAUCAGUUUGAUGAAGAUUAUCAAAGUGAAUCCCACUCAAAAGUGGCUUUUUUCAGCUACUUCUACCUAGCAAUGAACCUUGGCCAACUCUUCUCCAACACUAUACUAGGAUACUUUGAAGACGAGGGGAUGUGGGCUUUAGGAUUCUGGGCAUCAGCAGGCUGCGCGUUUCUGGCACUCGUUUUAUUUCUAGUUAGAACACCAAAAUACCGGUAUUUCAAGGCAACAGGCAACCCACUGUCAAGAGUAUGCCAAGUAGUAGUUGCUGCAGUAAAAAAAUCAAGGACUGAAAUGCCAGAAGGAGAGAGACUGUAUGAAGCAGAAGUAAAAGAGUGUUCCACAGAUGGAAACAGAAAGUUGCUCCAUACUGAAGGUUUUAAAUUCUUGGACAAAGCCGCCUGCAUAACAUCUGGAGAUUUCUACAACCAGGAGCAGGGUCUUCACAACCCAUGGCGUCUUUGCCCCAUAACACAGGUCGAGGAAGUGAAGUGCAUAUUAAGACUACUUCCCAUAUGGCUGUGCACCAUCAUCUACUCGGUAGUGUUUACCCAAAUGGCAUCACUCUUCGUUGAACAGGGUGCUGCUAUGAAAACUACUGUUGCAAACUUCAGAAUCCCAGCAGCAAGCAUGUCCAGCUUUGACAUUCUUAGUGUUGUAGCUUUUGUUUUCAUCUAUAGACGAGUUCUUGAUCCAAUUAUGAGCAGAAUGAGGAAGACAGAGUCUGGAGGGCUCACUGAGCUGCAUAGGAUGGGUAUUGGCCUUAUUAUAGCAGUGUUGGCCAUGGUCUCAGCUGGCAUUGUGGAGUGCUACAGACUCAAAUAUGCCAUAAAGGAUUGCCCACAUUGCAGGGCACCCAACCCUAGCUCGCUAAGUAUAUUCUGGCAAAUUCCACAGUAUGUGUGCAUUGGGGCAUCAGAAGUGUUCAUGUAUGUGGGGCAGUUGGAAUUUUUCAACUCCCAAGCACCGGAUGGACUAAAGAGUUUCGGAAGUGCUCUAUGUAUGACAUCAAUCUCACUAGGAAACUACGUCAGCAGCUUGAUCGUGUCCAUAGUUAUGAAGAUCUCGACGGAAGAUCAUAUGCCAGGGUGGAUACCAGGGAAUCUCAACAAGGGUCACUUAGACAGGUUUUACUUCCUACUAGCAGCUCUAACAACAAUCGAUUUUGUUGUCUAUAUAUUAUGUGCAAGAUCAUACAAGCGUAUCAGGUUAGAAGGAAAAUCUGAUGGAGACAACAACCAAGCCGAGUAUGAAGUCUGAAAGUCGCAGUAAUCUCUGUCAACCCUUCAUUACUUCACUUGAAUAAACGACAAGGAGUGUCCAUUCAUCAUGAAGUCUUCGAGAGGGCCAGAUAGAAGAAGACUACGAUACAGAAUUAACAGGAAUCAUUAGAACUAGGUGCUCUCUUACGUGUGAAUGACUGAAGGAUAACACUGGAACCCCAAUGUUUUCCCUAAAGAUCCAGGCUUGAGCAACAAGUUUAAUGGAAUUGCUGUUUUUUUGCCCAUCCAACUGGAUGCUCAUCUCUUGGCUCCAAGUGUAAAGAUUAAAUUAUGUAUUUCAAUUAUGCUAAUAUAUCUGGCCCAUUUCCUAUUGA